UUUAGGGCCAUUAAUUCUGACCACGUGCCUGAGAGGCAAGGUGGAUGGCCCUGGGACAGAGGCUGUUCAUCACUAUGUCCCGGGGAGCAGGACGUGUUCAGGGCACGCUGCAGGCUCUCGUCUUCUUAGGCGUCCUAGUGGGCAUGGUGGUGCCCUCACCUGCCGGCGCCCGCGCCAACGGCACGCUACUGGACUCCAGAGGCUGGGGCACCCUCUUGUCCAGGUCUCGAGCUGGGCUAGCUGGAGAGAUUUCGGGUGUGAAUUGGGAAAGCGGCUAUUUGGUGGGCAUUAAGCGACAGCGGAGACUCUACUGCAACGUGGGCAUUGGCUUCCACCUCCAGGUGCCUCCUGACGGCCGCAUCAGUGGAACACACGAGGAGAACCCCUACAGCCUGCUGGAGAUCUCCACGGUAGAACGGGGUGUGGUGAGCCUCUUCGGGGUGAAGAGUGCUCUCUUCAUUGCCAUGAACAGUAAAGGAAGACUGUACACAACGCCCAGCUUCCACGACGAAUGCAAGUUCCGAGAAACCCUCCUUCCAAACAACUACAACGCCUACGAGUCAGACCUGUACAGAGGGACCUACAUUGCACUGAGCAAAUAUGGACGGGUAAAGCGGGGCAGCAAGGUGUCCCCAAUCAUGACUGUCACUCACUUCCUCCCCAGGAUAUAAGGACCCAUGGAUGAAGGCUCACGGGGUGACAGCUGCGUCUUUUCUGUCAGGAUUUUACACUAAGAGAACGCUUCUGCUCCUAUCCCGUGACUUCUGAGUUUGGCUUAUCUCGGCCUGAAGAUCUGAGUGGAUGCCCUGGGCCACUGGACUGCAUGGUGUGUAAGCCACGUGGCUGAGGGUCUACAGUUCACAUUUCAGGAUGGCAGGGGCUCCUGUGCUUCAGCCUCACCUGAGGAGAGACAAUACAGAUGACUCUUGCAGCGUGUGGCCCUGUGCAUAAGAAAAAGCCAAAAUGGGAGUAUGCAUGUGUCCGUGCAUAUCCACACAUCUAUUCGUAGAUUCUCAGAGCAAAGGCAUUUUAGGAUACCGAGUUCCUUUCUCCCAACAUCGUCACCGCAGGAAACUGCCUGUCAGAGCGUCACUUGUCGAGUCAGCAGGAUUGAGAUGAACCCCAUUCUGCCGUUUUCUGAUCAUCUAUCUAUCCAGUUGUCUGUGUAACAGUGAGCAGCUAUCUUUUAUGUGCCAGGAGGAAGGUAGGGGUAUAAAAUAUAACUGUAAACU